CGCGCAGGGCUGUGGAUUCUGGGAGGGGAGCACAAACACACACAUCAGCCAUUUUCAGUUUGCUGUGGUCACCCUCUCUCACUCCAGCACAAAGAUCCGCCAACUGUCCAGCUGAAAGGGACGAGAAGGAUGGACGAAGCGAAAGCGGGUCAUCGCGCGCACGGGCGUUUGUUUUGCUGAGCGCGUCAAAGACAAAAGCGCAUCGGGCGGACGCGCAUCAUUACGGCCGAUGCGUCGCCGGUUCAUCUGAUUCAAGUCUGAUAUCGUUUUAUUGGAGCGAGUCUUGGAUUUCGGACGCGUCUGAAUCCAUAACAUCACGCUGUUUUCACGCUUGGGUACAAUAAGAGCCUGAAAUACCAACAAAAAAGCGGAUUAUUAAAGCGAGUCCGGCGGGUGAUGUCCGCCAUGGUGUACCCACGAGAAGAGACGCUGGAGCGGCCGACGCAGGACGAGAUCGUGCUGAACACUAAAGCGGUGAUGCAGGGUUUGGAGACGCUGCGAGGGGAACACACUCAGCUCCUCAACUCCAUCCUGGACUGCUCUCAGCCGCCCGUCGCGCAGGAGAAAUCCAGCCUGCUCCGCAAGAGCCUGGAGGACAUCGAGCUGGGGCUGGGAGAGGCGCAGGUGAUCAUCGCUCUGUCCGGUCACCUGAGCGCGGUGGAGUCUGAGAAGCAGAAGCUGCGUGCUCAGGUGCGUCGGCUCUGUCAGGAGAACCAGUGGCUGCGGGACGAGCUGGCCAGCACUCAACACAAGCUGCAGAAGAGCGAGCAGUGCGUGGCCGAGCUGGAGGAGGAGAAGAAACACCUGGAGUUCAUGAACCAGAUCCGGAAGCUGGACGAGGACGCCUCGCCCUCCGAGGAGAAGCCUGGAGAGAAGGAGAAGGACAAUCUGGACGAUCUGUUUCCAAACGACGACGACCAGGGACCAGCUCAGCCCAGCGGUGAAGCGGCGGCGCAGCAGGGGGGCUACGAGAUCCCGGCCCGUCUGAGAACGCUUCAUAACCUGGUGAUCCAGUACGCGUCUCAGGGCCGCUACGAGGUGGCCGUGCCGCUCUGCAAACAGGCUCUGGAGGACCUGGAGAAAACCUCCGGACACGACCACCCAGACGUGGCCACCAUGCUCAACAUCCUCGCCCUGGUCUACAGGGAUCAGAAUAAGUAUAAAGAGGCGGCUCACCUGCUGAACGACGCUCUGGCCAUCAGAGAGAAGACUCUGGGGAAAGAUCACCCCGCCGUGGCCGCGACCCUCAGCACUAUGGCCGUGCUGUACGGCAAACGCGGGAAACACAAGGAGGCCGAGCCGCUCUGCAAGAGAGCGCUGGAGAUCCGCGAGAAGGUUCUGGGUAAGUUCCACCCUGACGUGGCGAAGCAGCUCAAUAAUCUGGCUCUGCUGUGUCAGAAUCAGGGCAAGUAUGAGGAAGUGGAGUAUUAUUACCGCAGGGCACUCGAGAUCUACGAGAACAAACUGGGCGCCGAUGACCCCAACGUGGCCAAGACCAAAAACAACCUGGCGACGUGUUACCUGAAACAGGGCAAAUUCAAAGACGCAGAGACGCUUUACAAGGAGAUCCUGACCCGUGCGCAUGAGAAAGAGUUCGGCUCUGUCAACAAUGAUAACAAACCAAUCUGGAUGCAUGCAGAGGAAAGAGAAGAGAGCAAGGGUAAGAGGAAGGACUCGGGUCAGUACGGCAGCUGGUACAAAGCCUGUAAAGUGGACAGCCCCACUGUUAACACCACGCUGAAGAGUCUGGGUGCACUGUACCGCCGGCAAGGCAAGAUGGAGGCCGCCGAGACGCUGGAGGAGUGUGCGACGAAAAACCGCAAACAGGGCUUCGAUGCGAUUAAUCAGAGUAAGGUGGUGGAGCUGCUGAAGGACGGAGCUUGUGCUGGAGGAGACAGACGUCAGAGUCGGGAUGGCGUAAACGGCCCCGGAGGCCCCCGAGGAGACUGUGAAGGAGACGAAGCCGAGUGGAGCGGGGAUGGUAACGGUGCCCUGCGCAGGAGCGGCUCAUUCGGGAAGAUUCGGGAAGCGCUGCGGCGCAGCAGUGAGAUGCUGGUGAAGAAGCUGCAGGGCAGCGGCCCUCAGGAGCCACGCAACCCCGGGAUGAAGAGGGCGAGCUCCUUAAAUUUCCUCAACAAGAGCGCAGAAGAAACCACACAGGAAUCUAACAGCGGUCUGUCAGAAUCCAGAGGACUGAGCGCUAGUAAUGUGGACCUGACCAGACGCAGCUCUCUGAUCAGCUAAAAAAAAGACAUCUGGACGUGGACAAGGAGCUAAACGGAGAGGCUGUUUGCUACCUACUUGAACCGAAAAUCUCAUCAAAACGUUUUCCUAAGAACAAGCUCUUCAAAGCAAAAACAUGUCUUUUAGUUUCACAUCGCUUGCAAAAUCUGGGCUUUGUCUCUCUGCUUCGCCUUUAGCGAGAUCAAACGCAAUGUAGCACGCUAUCGCCACCUAGACCACACACUCGAGCGACAUCACUGCUGAAAUCAUAGCAUGGCGACAGAAUCGCGUAGUUUAGCACACAACAAUCAAGUUAACAAAGCAUAUGUUUGUCAUUUAGAAAACAAAGUUCAUAUAUAGUAACAGCUUCCACAAAACGAACUCGCUAAGUUGAAAAUGGUGCGAAAAACUCCUGCGAAUACACUUAAGAAAAAUAUGAGUGUAGAAGAUGAGGUGAAAUUCAAGAGCACUGACUGGUACGACCUCACUUUUACCUUCUGAGUUUGAUGUAUAUAAUGAUGAAAUUAUUUAAGGUCUUUUUGUUUCGCAAAAUUAGCGCACAAGGAUUUUGUUUACACUGUAGCUGGAUGUCUGUCCUGGAGCGACUGGAAAUCGCGUUGAACGCUACAAUGAAGGAUUCUGCUGUACGAUUUAAAGCUGAUUUGAGCUAGAGCUCUUAUUUAUUAACGAAUCUAUAUUCAUAAUUCGAACGCUCAGUCAUUUUAUCGGAUUGUAAGUCAAACUCCAGCUCUGUCUGUCAAAAAUCGGAUGAGAUGCUGGAAAAGGCCAAACGUAUGUAACUGGAAAUUUCCAUCAGUUUAAAAUGUGACAUGUUUUUAAUUUUAUAUGAUUUUCUAGCCACUAGAAUACCAAGAUGUGGCUAAAACAGGCAAAUCGUCUUUUCUUUUUUUUUUUCAAUUUUAUCUCUUCAUGUUGAUGAAUUGCAUAUCCUAACGGACAGCAAAUGUCUUAGUGUACUUGUAUGUGAAUGUUUUUUCACUGAUUAAGGAUGCGUGUGUUUGAUUUUGGGUUUAUUUGAAUGAUUUUACUUGUGUUCAUCAGAGGCGAGUGAUCUCUGAAUGCACAGUCGACACUAGCUUUGGGAACCAGCCAUACGAAUGGGCGAAUCUCAUAAAUGAGUCAUAUUUCACCUCAAAUCAUAUGCAAUUAUGCAUUUUACAUAAAGAAAAUAGGACCAUUAAUUUUUUUCCUUCUUUGCAUCGCCCCAUUAAAGCACAUUUUUCCAAUUUCAAUUUACAAUACACACACACACACACACACAUAUACAUAUAUAUAUAUAAAACGCUAUGGAGAGAGAGGUAUGGAUAUAUAUAUAUAUAUAUAUAUAUAUAUAUAUAUAUAUAUAUAUAUAUAUAUAUAUAUAUAUAUACAUAUAUACCCCUCUAUCUAUAGCUAUACAUUAAAAACCCAAAUGCAUCAUUGAAAUAUCAUUUAUUUGACAUUGUGCAUUAAUUUUGCUUGUUACAGCAAUACUUUAUUGGGAUUUUAGAAGUUUAAAUGUGCUGAUUUGUUGUUAAUGUCACAAUGCUUAAAUGUGAUCCUUAAAUGUGCUUGAUUUUCUUUCAAAAUAUUCUUAGUUGAAUGCAAUUCUCCAGUUUUACUGUUUUGUUUUGUUUUGGUUUUUGCGGUGAAAUGUGACACAACCUUGUUCUUGGCAGGUUUUGUGAGAUUUUCUCGAAUAGAAUGUAUUGCAAAAAGUUAGCAAGUUUUGUUAAGCUGAACAAAAAGAAAGGUUCUAGAAAGUGCUCGAGUGAUGAGAUAAACAAAGUGAUGAAAGUUAUGAAAUUGGAGCAAUAGAUAUGAAUGUCACAAUUGAUUGUAAAAUACAGAUUUUUUUUUUGACUCACGACCACAAAAACACAGACUUGUGUAAGUUAUCCUCCUCGUGCUUCUAUCACAGACAGGUGUGUCGUUUAUCAAUGCCGUGUUUACACCACUUAUGAAUGUGAACCCACCUCUUGCUGUGUUGUUUGUCAUGAUUUGUGAUGCCUUCCUCUCACCACAUUAGAUUGUGCUGCAGAUACACAGGCUGCCCUUCUGCACUGAUCUCAGAACAGCGCCCCCUGUCCCAUUCAUGAAUCGUAGUGUUGUUAGAAGGAACCCGUCGCGUCCCCAGAUCAGCUGUGAAGGGAAGCGUCUAGCAGCUCUGUAGAGUGUCCUUCCUCAGAUAUACUUCACUUGUGAAGGGGCCAGCCUCAUGUAUGCUUUAAUAAACGGUUCGGAAUAAACUCUGCUUUUCAAACC